GAUGUGACUGCAAAGCCAGGAAGCUACAGGGAAAGUUCUGAUUAAAACACACACAAACAAAAGACAGGUCCUCGCUGCGCUUGGUGAUGUGUCCUGGUGCCGUGGGCCGCAGGCUGGGUUGGGGGCCCAGCUGAGCAGAGAGUUUGCUCCCAAGCACACGUCAAUGACCUCAAUGACCGACAUUCCCCACGAGGAGGAAAGAGCCGGAACCAGGUGACUUCGUGUACUCCCGUAGCAGCCCUGCCACUCCGCGUGAGCCUGGACACCAUUCCAACCUGAGGCUGGUUCUCCGAGUCAGGCCUGGCUGAGGGGAGGCCUGCAGCAUGUGUGGGCAUGGUAUGUGUGUCCAUAAGAGCAGGGGUGACAGGAGGCUGUCCGUACGCCACGGGCAGCAGGGUAGGUGUGAGGUACAGUGUGUGUGGUGUGGGGUUUGCGCAGAUGCUCGUGGUAGUGCACCCUGUGCGAGCUGUUGCAGGUACGGAUGUGCAGUGUGUGGGUGUGUGGCCAGAGUGCUGGAGGUGUGGGGAGUGUGCGUGGAGGCACACACACCAAGAUAGUAGUUCAGGUGCACGUGGGGAGAGGGCUGUGUGUGCAUGGGGUGUGCAAAACAGAUGAUGCAGGGGACAGUGUGCAGGGGGAGGGCACCUGUCCCUGGAUGUGUAGUUUGGCCUUAACUUCCAGGAAGGCUCAAGGCUGCCUUCCCAGGGGUAAAAGCUCUUCUGAGCUUGAAGACGUGGGAGGGCCACUGCAAGAGUUUCCUUGGGAUCCACCGAGCUGGAAACACGUCCUUCCAGGCACACUGGGGUAGGGGAUGUGAGCUGCCCAGUCUUCCAUAGCCUCCCAGUGGACUGGUUCUCCUUCUUCAAGGACCUUCAAGACUGCCCUCCACAGGAGCGCUUCUGGAAGGAACCUCCUCACCCCUUCCCUGCCUGACGCUCCACCAAUUCCCGAGGAAAUCCCGUCCCAGCCAAACCCAGGGCUUCUGGCUGUGCUGAGGCCGGGCCAGGUCCACAGUGGCAUCACCAUGCAGAAGGGAUGGUGGAGAGGCCGAGAGACGUCCCUGUAAAGCCUCAGGGGCCCGCAGGGUGGGGAGGAUGGCCUGAGGCAGGAGUGGAGUACCUGCUGGACCACUUGGGUGAACCUGGCGCCAGGGAGGAGGUGGACCCAAGGCCCUGGCCGUCAAGGAGGCUCUCAGUGAAGGCCCCGACACUGGGGGUUUUGGCUCCUCCUUUCAGCUCAGCUCACUGUAGAGAUUUUUUUGUCAGGAUACUUGUGUGGCCACUGCCAGUCCGGGUUGGGAGUGGUCCCAGCCCCCACAUAGGAAAGAAGAGCCACCUACGGGUGGGGUGGGGGCUUCCCUUGGAGAACUAGACAAUGUGGACAAGAGUCUUUGGUUUUGGAAAUGACAAAUGGGUGGGGGGGAUGCAGGUGUGGGACCCAGAAGGAGGUGGGACCUAGUAGGCCUGUUGGAGCAGACUCAGGCCAGCCAGGCCUCCCUUGUCCCCUCCUGCCUCCAUGGCUGCGGCCUGGCUCAGCCUUGGGUGCUGCCGUGUCCAUACACACACGGGCACACGGGACAUGUCCAGAACAGAACCCUGCAGGGGGAGUGCAGCUCAGAGUCCAGCAGCCCACACUUACCGUGUGGUGGUGGACAAGUUUCACAUGCCCCCCUCUCCCUAGGGCCUGGGUGAGCUCGGGGCUGCCCUGCAUCCCUCCUUGUAUGUGGCACCCCUGUCCCAGGGGGUAGUGGGAACACAGCCACCUCCCAGCCUCAUGAGGGGUGCCAGGGGUGUGCAUCCAUGGUCCCUGCCUCCAUCAUGGUGACCCUGGAACAGGUGACGUUCACUCCGAGGGCCCCUCCUAGCCGCCUGGGCCCUGCCCACUCCAGCCACAUGAUACUGUGCUGGCGUCCCCAGCACCCAUGAGGCAGCUGUGCAAAGUUACAUGUUAACUCAUCCUGUUCUUGUUUAACUUUCUCCUUUGGGAUGGCAGCAGCCUCUGACCCGUCCUGGUGCCCUGACUGACCGGCCACAAAGACAGAGAGUGAGUCUUGCCCACCUCCUGGGGGACCAGUCUGCUCAGCCAAGGAGCCCCGUGGAACCGGGGGUUGGCACCAGUGCCCAGCCUGCCUCGAGGAGGCCCCGGCCAGACCAUGGCAGGCCUCUGUGACAGGGCCCCUGACUUCCUCUCCCCCACUGGAAACCAGGCCCUGGGGCCCACCGUGGGCAGUGUAGUGGCUCUGAACUGCACAGCCUGGGUGGUCUCUGGGCCCCACUGUCCCCUACCCUCAGUCCAGUGGCUGAAAGACAGGCUGCCGCUGGGCGAUGGGAGCUACUAUGACCUCCAUGAAGACUCCUGGGUCAAGGACAACUUAUCAGAGGUGCUUGUGUCCAGUGUUCUGGGGGUCAACCUGACCCGGGCUGAGGACUAUGGGGCCUUUACCUGCUCCAUCCGGAAUGUCAGCUCCUCUUCCUUCACUCUUUGGAGAGCUGCUCUGUCCCCAGGCCCAGCGGGCCACGUGGCCGCGGUGCUGGCCUCUCUGCUGGUGCUGCUGGCUCUGCUCCUGGCGGCCCUGCUCUACGUGAAGUGUCGCCUCAGUGUCCUGCGCUGGUACCAAGACGCCUGCGGGGAGGUGGAGAUGAACGACGGGAAGCUCUACGACGCCUACGUCUCCUACAGCGACAGCCCCGAGGACCGGAAGUUCGUGAACUUCAUCCUGAAGCCGCACCUAGAGCGGCGUCGGGGCUACAAGCUCUUCCUGGAUGACCGCGACCUCCUGCCGCGCGCGGAGCCCUCCGCGGACCUGCUGGUGAACCUGAGCCGCUGCCGGCGCCUCAUCGUGGUGCUGUCGGACGCCUUCCUGGGCCGGGCCUGGUGCAGCCACAGCUUCCGGGAGGGCCUGUGCCGGCUGCUGGAGCUCACGCGCAGACCCAUCUUCAUCACCUUCGAGGGUCAAAGGCGCGACCCGGUGCACCCCGCGCUCCACCUGCUGCGCCAGCACCGCCACCUGGUGACCCUGCUGCUCUGGAGGCCCGGCUCCGUGGCGCCUUCUUCAGAUUUUUGGAAAGAGCUGCAGCUGGCGCUGCCACGGAAGGUGCGGUACAGAGCAAUGGAGGGAGACCCCCAGACCAGGUUGCAGGAUGACAAAGACCCCAUGCUUAUUGUACAAGGCCACGUCUCAGAGGGUCGGACCCUGAACCUGCAGCUGGACCCCGACCCCGAGGGGGACCUGGGUGUCCGAGGGCCAGUCUUUGGGGAGCCAUUAGCUCCACCGCAUGCAAGUGGGGUCUCGCUUGGAGAGGGCCGGGGCAGCGAGGUAGAUGUCUCCGACCUCGGCUCCCGCAACUACAGUGCCCGCACGGACUUCUACUGCCUGGUGUCCGAGGAUGAUGUGUAGCCCCCACCCGCCAGAACAGCAAGAUCUCCAAGGACAGCUGGGUGCAGGGUGGGGUGGGGUCUCUCUCCUCUUAGCAGGACUACCAGCCCUGAGACCCUGAGGGAAGGGGAGUUGCUCCAGUGUACCUCCUACUGCCAGGAAAUAAAGUCCUUUUAGAUCCUG